AAUAGCCCCUACAUAAACGGUUGGAAGAUAUUCAUUAUACACUUUGCUCAUCUCUUUGUACUCAUUUCCUGCAAAAUACGAGAAACAUGAAAUUCUUCUUUUUCCUUUCUUUCAUUGCUCUCAUGUUCCUUGAAGCAUUCGGGAAUAGCCAUGAAACUGAUAAGCAAGCUUUACUCAAAUUCAAGUCUCAAGUUUCCGAGGAGAAAAAAGUUAUGCUGUCCUCAUGGAACAACUCAUUCCCUCUCUGCAGAUGGACGGAUGUUACAUGUGGCCGCAAACACAAGAGAGUUACUGGUUUAGACCUCGGAGGAUUCAAACUGGGUGGAGUGAUAUCGCCAUUUAUUGGUAAUCUUUCGUUUCUCAUAUCACUUAAUUUCUCGGAUAAUUCUUUUGGUGGAACCAUCCCUCAAGAGCUGGGGAACUUGUUUCGAAUCCAGCAGUUGCUUAUGCCAUUUAAUUUACUCAGCGGAGGGAUUCCAACCCAUCUGUUCAACUGUUCUAAACUGUUAGAACUUGAUUUAUUUUCAAAUCAUCUUGGACAAGGUCUUCCUUCAGAACUAGGAUCAUUGAGGAAGCUAUUUAAUUUAGAACUUGGUAAAAACAACCUGAGAGGAAAACUCCCUGUAUCUCUAGGAAAUUUGACAUCUCUCAUAGAUCUUACCUUUGCAGAAAACAAUCUGGAAGGAGAAAUUCCUGAUGCCAUAGCUAGAUUGACUCAAAUGGAAGUUUUUUAUUUACAAUCAAACCAUUUCUCUGGUGUUUUUCCUCCUGCAAUUUACAAUUUGUCAUCACUUCAAUCUUUGGGCAUGUUUGGUAAUGGUUUCUCUGGGAACCUGAGGCCUGAUUUUGGUAACUUGCUACCAAACCUUCGAGGAUUUUUUAUCGGAAAUAAUUCUCUCACAGGAGCCAUUCCAUCAACAUUUUCAAAUAUUUCAACUCUUCAAAGUUUGGGCAUGGAACUUAACAGUCUUACAGGAAAUAUUCCUCCGAGUUUUGCAAAAAUACAAUAUCUGCAACUUCUAUACCUUAGUGGUAAUUCUUUGGGAAGUUUUUCAGCUGGAGAUCUUGAAUUUCUUGUUGCUUUGACUAACUGCACCCAUCUGCAAACAUUAUCUGUGGCAUCCAAUAGGCUUGGGGGUGACUUGCCUGCCUCCAUUGCCAAUUUGUCAAUGAACCUCAACCAGUUAGACAUUGAAAAUAAUUUCAUAUCUGGAAGCAUUCCUCAUGAUAUUGGGAAUCUCAUAGGCCUACAAUCAUUUUGGUUGUCCGAAAAUCUAUUGAAAGGGCCAAUCCCAGUCUCUUUUGGUAAACUUUCAGGAUUGGUGGAAUUAAGUCUCUUUACAAAUAAAAUGUCAGGAGAGAUACCAUAUUCUUUAGGCAACAUCACUCGGUUAGAAAGACUCUAUUUGUCCAACAAUAGUUUUGAAGGAAUCAUUCCUCCAAGUCUUGGUAAAUGUAGAUAUUUGCUAGAUUUAGGUAUGGAGGUUAAUAAGCUGAAUGGUAUUAUACCCCAGGAGAUUAUGCAAAUUUCAACCCUUGUUUCUCUACGCAUGUCAAAUAAUUCAUUGACUGGAUCUCUACCAGAAGAUGUUGGACGACUUAUAAAUCUUGGUAAUUUAUCUGUUGCUCAUAAUAAGCUAUCAGGAAAACUUCCAGAGACUUUAGGAAAGUGUCUCUCGAUGGAAAAACUUGAUCUGCAAGGAAAUUCUUUUGAUGGAAUCAUUCCAGAUAUAAGUGGGUUGGUGGGUAUUAAGAAGGCUGAUUUCUCAAGCAACAAUUUCUCUGGAAGAAUCCCUGAAUAUCUCGCAAACUUUAGAUUUUUGGAAUAUCUCAAUCUAUCCUUCAACAACUUCGAGGGAAAUGUGCCAACAGCAGGAAAAUUCAAAGAUGCUACUAUUGUCUCUGUAUUUGGAAACAAAAAUCUGUGUGGAGGCGUCUUGGAGCUGCGACUAAAGCCAUGUUCUUUGGUACCAGCAGGAAAGUCAAGAAAGAAACUUGUGAUUGGGGUAAGCAUGGGCUUAUCUUUGCUUUUGCUUUUGUUCAUAGCUUCAGUUUCUCUUUGUUGGUUAAAAAGCAGAAAGAAAAAAAAUACCAAUGAAGCAACUCCUUCCACCUUGGGGUUUUUUCAUGAAAUGAUAAGUUAUAGAGAUCUUCGAAAUGCGACGAAUGGCUUCUCUUCGAGUAAUUUGAUCGGGUCAGGCAGCUUUGGUACCGUGUUUAAAGCCUUUCUCCCUGCUGAUAACAAGGUUGUUGCAGUGAAAGUUCUAAAUAUACAGAGACGUGGAGCAAUGAGGAGCUUUAUGGUAGAAUCUGAAUCCCUGAAAAACAUAAGACAUCGUAAUCUUGUGAAACUGUUGACAGCUUGUUCGAGUAUUGAUUUCCAAGGAAAUGAAUUCAGAGCUCUAAUUUAUGAGUACAUGCCAAAUGGAAGCUUAGAUAUGUGGCUGCACCCAAAGGAAAUGGAAGAGAUUUCUAGGCCUUCAAGAACAUUGACACUUUUGGAAAGGCUUAACAUAGCGAUAGACGUGGCUGUUGUUUUGGAGUAUCUUCAUCUUAGUUGCCAUGAAGCUAUUGCUCAUUGUGAUCUCAAACCAAGCAAUGUUCUUCUAGACGAUGAUCUAACCGCCCAUGUUAGCGACUUUGGUCUUGCUCGGAUCCUUCUCAAAUUCGACCAGGAAUCCUUUAUCAACCAACUUAGCUCGGCUGGAGUCAGAGGAAGCAUAGGCUAUGCGGCACCAGAAUAUGCAAUGGGAGGAGAAACAUCAGUACAUGGUGAUGCAUAUAGCUUUGGGAUUCUCAUUUUUGAAAUGUUCAGUGGAAAACGACCAACCGAUGAGAUGUUUGGAGGAGACUUUACCCUCCGUAGCUGCAUCAGGUCUGCAUUGCCAGAGCAAGUUUUGGAUAUCGCAGACGAAUUGAUUCUUCACAACGGCCUUAGAAUUGGCUUCCCUGUUGUUGAGUGCUUGACAAAGGUUUUAGAAGUGGGACUUGGGUGUUCUGAAGAGUCUCCAGGAAACCGCUUGAAAAUGAGUGAGGUUGUAAAAGAAUUAAUCUUAAUCAGGGAGAGGUUCUUCAAAUCGAGAAGAUGAGCUAGACGUUAAAACGGUUCAUGGCGUGUUGUGAAUGAAUCUCGAGCAAGUUUCACACAGUGGUGGCGUUAAUUUGGUGUAGUUAAUUACUUUGUUUGAAUUCAACUUCUUGAACGACGGGUUUGCUUUUGGAUGUGUAUGCUGUGAUAAAUUUGAGUGCUUGCUGUGGAUUUUAUAAGAAAAAACUAGUGAGCUGAAACUGUUGGACAAAGAAUUUGCUUUUGGAUGUGUACAACUCUGAAAGCUUAUAUAUGGGAAGUAUGAGUGUAGUUUCUUGAGAACGUGUGUUCGUUUUAUCUUCUCUAUGAGAUGCAGUUGGUUUGUAUGUAUGUAUAGCUGCUGGUAUAUAUAUAUAUAUGUAUAUA